UCGCCUGCUCCGGUUCCGCUAGGAGGAGGGUCGCCACCAUGGAUGGGCUACGGGCUGGUGCGGGGCUGCUGAGGCGAGGGCGCCUAAGGCGCCGGCGCCAGCCCCAGUCACAUAGCGGGUCGGUCUUGACCCUGCCCUUGAGGCCGAGGAAGAUCCGAAGGCAGCUGAGGAGAAGUGUUGCAUCUCGCAUGGCGGCGCUGAGAGCCAAGACGCUGCCGAGCGAGGACUCGGGGGACUCGCGGGUGGAGUCGACAGGCGACGAUCCCGGUGACCCGCUGUCUGGUGAGGCGGCGGCCGCAGCGGCGGCCAUCCCGGAUGCGGCCCGGGGAGAGCCGUAUGGCCACUUCGGGCCUGCAGAGCUACUGGAGGCGCCGCCGGCGGGCCGCUCCCUGCAGACCCCGCCCGCGCGCCUGGUGGAGGUGCCUGCUGCGCCCGCGCGUGUGGUGGAGACCUCUGCCCUGCUGUGCACAGCUCAGCACUUGGCGGCCGCUCCACCGUCCGUGGCCCCCGCGACGCUGUCGGGACCGCAGGUGGAUGGCACGGGCGGAGAGCUGCCCUGGGGCUCCCCGCUUCAACGCGUCCUGACCGAGCUGAACCGCAUCUCCAGCAGCCGGAGGCGGGCGGCGCGCCUCUUCGAGUGGCUCAUCUCGCCCAUGCCUCCGGACCAUUUCUACCGGCGCCUAUGGGAGCGGGAGGCGGUGCUGGUACGGCGGCAGGACCACUCUUACUACCAGGGCCUUUUCUCUACGGCCGACCUGGACUCGAUACUGCGCCACGAGGAGGUGCAGUUCGGGCAGCACCUGGACGCCGCGCGCUACAUCCACGGGCGGCGCGAGACCCUGAACCCGCCGGGCCGCGCCCUGCCCGCCGCCGCGUGGUCCCUGUACCAGGCCGGCUGCUCGCUGCGCCUCCUCUGUCCUCAGGCUUUCUCCACAACCGUGUGGCAUUUUUUGGCUGUGCUCCAGGAGCAGUUUGGAAGUAUGGCCGGCUCCAACAUUUACCUCACCCCUCCCAACUCGCAGGGCUUUGCCCCCCACUACGACGACAUCGAGGCCUUCGUGCUGCAGCUGGAAGGCAGGAAACUCUGGCGUGUCUACAGACCCCGGGUCGCGACUGAAGAACUGGCCCUGACAUCCAGCCCCAACUUCAGCCAGGAGGAUCUCGGUGAGCCGGUGCUGCAGACCAUACUGGAACCUGGAGAUUUGCUCUAUUUUCCUCGGGGCUUCAUUCACCAAGCUGAAUGUCAGGAUGGGGUGCACUCGUUGCAUCUCACUGUGUCCACAUACCAGCGCAAUACGUGGGGCGACUUCCUGGAGGCGGUACUGCCUCUGGCCGUGCAGGCCGCAAUGGAAGAAAAUGUGGAGUUUCGUAGGGGUCUGCCCCGAGACUUCAUGGAUUACAUGGGAGCCCAGCAUUCAGAUUCUAAGGAUCCACGAAGAACUGCUUUCAUGGAGAAGGUGAGGGUCUUGGUUACCCGCUUGGGACACUUUGCCCCUGUCGAUGCUGUGGCUGACCAGCGAGCCAAAGACUUCAUCCACGAUUCUCUGCCCCCAGUGUUGACUGAUAGGGAGAGGGCACUGAGUGUUUAUGGGCUCCCCAUUCGCUGGGAGGCUGGAGAACCUGUAAACGUGGGGGCCCAGGUGACUACAGAAACAGAAGUGCACAUGCUUCAGGAUGGGAUAGCUCGACUAGUGGGUGAGGGAGGCCGUUUGUUUCUCUAUCAUACGGUGGAAAACUCUCGUGUUUACCAUCUGGAAGAGCCCAAGUGCUUGGAGAUAUAUCCCCAGCAAGCCGAUGCCAUGGAACUCUUGCUCCGCUCCUACCCAGAGUUUGUGAGAGUGGGAGACCUGCCCUGUGACAGUGUGGAGGACCAGCUUUCCUUGGCCACCAUGUUAUAUGAUAAGGGGUUGCUGCUCACAAAGAUGCCUCUGACUCUAAACUAGUUUCUUGUUGAUUGCUGCAAACAUG